AUGAUAUUCGGGGUUCUUGUCACCGCUAGGAACUUUUCGCCGGAUGGACUGAGCACUUGGACAUACUACUUCCCCAUUUGCGACCCGACGGAUUGGCGACGUACCCCUCCGCAACGAUUCAGAUUCCUACCAAAUAACCCAUCAUGCGAAUCACAGAUUGCGCAGCUGGUUGGUUUUGAAAUACUUUUCUGGGCCAAUGCUUUCAGCUUGCUUUGGAAUUCGACCUUUGGGCAGAGACAUGUGAGAUGGGUGUUUGGAGUAACCGCUGCGGGAACCUUUAUGACGAUAGUGCGCAUCCAAGACCCGUCCCCAGCUCUGCUGCUGGUGAUGCCGUUUAUCCUAAGUGUCUGUUCUUCCAUCGGUUUCGUCGUAGAUGUCGGCAGAUAG